AUUCAAAGUAAUAUGCUUUCUUGUUUUGUCGAACUUCCAAAUUUUCGUGUUUUACUUAUUCAGAUGAGUUGCUGGUUGAUUCGUUCGAUUUAAAUUUGUUUCAAAAUUCAAUACCUAGUACCGGAUCAAAAUCAAUUUUAUUAAUCCAGAUCAUCUCGUGAAGUAUCUUAGUAUUCGGUUACUAAAUACAUGUGUCGUGUAUCACUGCCAUGAAAAAUGCGUAAAUUUCUGAAACAGGUGACAGUUGAGCCGUCAUUUUUCAUCUACUUUCUUCUUUACAACUGGCUAGAUGAUUUCAAUACCAAUUUAUUCCUUCAAAAAUCAUGCCGAUUCAACGCAACAAUCGAACCGGACUUGAGCACCAAGUGUGACGAUGAAAAAGCAGGAGUUUUAUUCGUCUCGGAAAUCCAGUCCAGGUAUCGUUUCGCAGCCGUAUUUAUUGCUGCUUUUGUGACAAUAUUUAGCACAACUUGGAGUGAUAAAGCUGGUAGAAGAAGAAGGCCUUUAAUUUAUAUCGCCAUCAUCGAAGAAAUAUUAGUCUCGUUAUCGGGAUGCUUGCAUUCGUAUUUUUGGCAUUGGAAUCCUUCUGGAGCAGCAAUUGCAGCGGCAAUAUUGUACGGUGUGAGUGGAGGAAACGUCGUUAUGAUAAUGGCAUGUAAUAUAUACCUUUGCGAGGAUGAUGCUGAAAAUCGUACUAUGAAACUAGGAUUCAUUAGAGCUAUUUACUCUAUUUGCAUGAUAUUAGGAAGAGGUGCAUCUGGAUUCAUCUUACGCAGAAUUGGGUUCUUCUAUGGUUAUUUAUUAUGCGUUAUUUUGGCAUCGAGUUCCUUAAUCUUUGCAUUGAUUUUCAUAAAAGAUAAAUCUGUACCUGCGGAAAAAGAGUUUCGUUUCUAUCACAUUUUUAACUUGAGAAGAACAAUAGUUGGUAAUUUUAAAGUUGUAUUCAACAAAAACUUGGGACGUAAAAAAGUUAUCAUUUCACUACUCAUUUUCAUACAUGUCGCUGUUUCUUUCACUAAUUUUGGAGAAUUAUCAGUAUUGUACCCAUAUCUUCGAUACAGAUUUGGAUUCGACGAACAAAAGUACAGCGCUUUUUCGUUUUAUAGAUUUUCAGUGGCAACUCUAGGAACUUUAUUCUGUUCGGUUGUCUUGAGCAAAUGUUUGAAAAUUCACGAUGGAUUGAUUGGCAUCUUGGCUGGAUCUUUUGACUUGGCAGCUGUCACAAUUUUGCUAUUUGCCACUCAAGCUUGGCAGGUUUUCAUGGUUCCACUGUUAGAUUUAUUUCAUGGCUGCGCUUUGGUGAUUCCAGUAUCAUUUAUGACUAAAUAUUAUCAUGCCAAUGAAAUAGGUCGUCUUAGUGCUGUAAAUGGUGUGUUCUUGUUGACGUUGCCUUUAACUUACCCCGCAUAUAAUACCAUUUUCAAGGCAACGUUGGAUGUCUUUCCCUCUGCAUUUUGCCUUUUGAGCGUCGCAGUAGAUUCAGUCAUCAUCACAUGCUUCUGUGCAUCCUAUUUCUUAAGCAAAAAGUUUGAUAGAGAAAAGCAAACGAAUGUUCAAGAAGAAACUCACAAUAUGUUGCCUGCCACGUAAUAAUAUUGUACUUAUUUUGUAUUUUUGGUUACAUUUUUUUUUUAGUUUAAAAUACAUUUUAAAACUAGCAGUGAAUUUCAUACAAUGCAAAAAUUUUUGCUAUCAAAAAAUUCAUUUUCAUUUUUUUCUUGGCUUUGUUCAUGCAAAAAGUUGCUACCUAUAUACUGGGAUCUGAUCGUAUACCCUUUGAGAAAUUGUCACUGUGUCAUCUUGGACGGUACUCUCUAAAUUUAAAGCAGUCAAAUUUCACUGCUUAGCAGUCACGACAUUUUGCCUUUUUAAAGCAGUAGUUUUUUUUUACUGCAAAACAGUGAAAAAUUACUGAAUUGGUCAGUCAA